UGAUAUUGGAAAAAACACAAUUAGAGUUUAUUGGAUAAUAAUCAGUGUGUAGGCUGUAGUGCAGACACUGUGUGACCAGUUUUUGUGCAGGGUGGCACUUGUAUCUGGGAAAGUUUCAUGUUUGUGUGGGAAUGUUCACACCUGGAAAUAGUCAUCAUUUCUGACAAAGUGGACUACAAGUGAAGCAGUUGAUAUAUAAGUAUCAGUUUGACUAUCAUUGCCAUUAACCACAUUGAGCUUAAAAUUAGACACACACACAUAAGCGAAAAAAGGCAAUAAGUUUAAAUUAAGUACAACAAUUAGAGAUAGAAAAAAAUGGCAGCAAUUUUGCGUUCAUCUGUGAAAGCUGAAGUUUCAGACUUUGAUUUUGUGCGGCUUACAUCCAACCCUUACUUUGGAGCCCUGAGGGAUACGCUGAUGAGCGAUGUGCAGCAGACAGCAAGCAUCCCCGUGUCACUGAUGAAGGUCGAGGAGCCUCAGCAGGAGACUUCCCUGGAUCCAAACAUCGUAGCCAUACAGGAGGCCAAUCUGAUGUCGGACUUUCAGCAGGUGAUGCCUUCUGGCAACCAGAAAGUCGUUGAACUGCAUGAGUUUUACAACAAGCAGUGUUCGAGCAUUGAAAAUGAACGUAACGAGGCAAUUCAGGACUUGAAAGAGAACAACAUGUUGAGUGUUUCUCAGUACCAGCGGGAGUUAAAUCGUAUACAUGUUCAUCACGAUCAGCAGCGUAUGCACUUGACCAAUCGUGUUACGGCAAGUCUGGAACUACUCAAAAUCAGCAUGCCGUCCAACAGAGAAGUUUCCAGCUCGAAGGUGAAAGGUCGCCAACUAAGCUCAAGAGGUAUUGAAGUGAUGACCGACUGGUAUGAGAAGCAUAUUGAUCACCCCUAUCCGACAGACGAAGAAAAACAGGCGCUAGCAAAUCUCGGGGGACUUUCUCUCUCUCAGGUGAAGGCGUGGUUUGCAAACAAACGUAACCGCACCAACAACACAAAACCUAAGAAGCAGAAAAUCCAAGUGGAAAAGCGCUUGAUUAGCAUCUGUUCAGAGUUGUCCGGUAACAACCGCCCUCAGCCGCGACUCUAUGGUGACAUUAUCAAGCAGCUCAGCGAUAUCGUUCAGACUUCACACGCGUUCCUCAGGGGUCCUACUGGGCUUCUCUCAGACUCGUACAAUUCAAGCGGUGAUGAGCUGGAGCAGUUCUGCAGUGAUUGAGAUUGAUGUACUUUCAGCUGGGGAAGUUUUGCAGUGACUGAGAUUUAUGCACUUUCAGUUGGGGAAGAUUUGCAGUGAUUGAGAUUUAUGAACUUUCAGCUGGGAAAGUUUUGCAAUGACUGAAAUUUGUGUAAUUUCAGUUUAGUGUUAGUGAUAGUAAUCAUGAGUAUGUUUUCUGAGUAUACACAUGUAUGAACUUGCACCAUGUUUUAUGUACUUUCAGUUUUGUGUUCUUAGCAGCUUUCACGCGCAUCUUUCCUAAGUAUCUUAACUUGCACAAUCCUUGAAAAUGAUUGUUUAACAUGUAACAAGGAAUAUUCUGCAGAUAGUCAUGCUGUAUACUGGUAAAGUAAUUACAUAAUGUGACGGUUAUUUUCAACUUUUGAAUUAACAUGUAAAGAUCAUGUAAAGCUUUUAAUUUGACAAGUGCUAUGUUUAUAUUGCAAUUUGUAUAAAGAUGUAUAUAUUUAAUUGUGAAUAUGUAUUAUUAAAGUAUUUUAAUAUUUUA